GUCGUAAAUGUUCCAGAACUACAUUACCCACAUAUAAUCGAUAUUAGAGUGUGAGGAACUCUGGGAUAUGACGUUUUUGAAGCUAUACACUCCAAACAUGCUACCUAGCGAAACAUGUUGAAGUGGCGAGUUAGAGACAUGCUAACUAGCUGAAGCUACCUGGACUACAGUUUACUUAGACAGUUAACCCACUACCAUGUUGCCUGACUUAUUGCAAGGCAUUGAUGCUGGAGGGCUUCUCAUAAUACAAGAUUCUGUCAGUUAUUCGGGUCGACACCUCCUGAAGAGCUUCAUCAAUGCUGCACUGAGCAGGGAGGAAGCUGUCCAUGUCCUUGGCUUUGACAUCAGUGAGGAAGAGCUGAAAGAUGGUUUGAAAGGAUCACCUACUCAGAGGCUACACUUUCACAAUGCCUACACAGAUCCCCUUGGCUGGACCGAUCACCCAGCUUUCACAGUUCACCAGUUCUGUUUGGAGGAAGUUACACGUCUGGUCAAGCAUGCAUCACACCCCAAACCAGCUACCUUAGUGAUCGACUCUCUUUCAUGGAUUUUGAGACACCUCAGUCCCCCUGCUGUCUGCAAGACUCUUCAGCAACUUAGAAAAGGGGGAGCUGUGAGAUCUGUAAUCUGCCUGCUCCAUGCAGAUAUGCAUCAGAGGGGCACUGUGGGAAGUGUAUGCCACUUGGCUACUUCAGUCAUCAUUGUAGCACCGGGGAUAAAAGGAGAUGACGCUGUGGCAAAGAUAACUAAGCGCUCAAAAUCGGGAAAAGUUAUGCAAGAUGAGGAGAUUUUCAGCAUUAAAGAUGAUCUUACAGUCACAGUACAGGGCAAACCCAGCCAAUUUGGACCCAAGCAGGCUGACCCUGAGGAGCAGGAGACGGACCCAACAGCCAAUUUGACCUUUAACCUUCGACUCUCUGAUACAGAGCGUGAGGCUAAAGAGAAACUUGCACUUCCCUUUGUCUUCAGCAAAGAGAAGAAAACUGCUCUGCUCCACUCAGGCCCAGGUUCAGGACGAAUUCUGUACGAGCCUGAUGCCAACGAUGACUAUGACCAGGAGGAUCCUGACGAUGAUCUAGAUGUGUAGGGUUCAAGCACAAAGGAUCCGUAUUUCAUGUCCUCCUUGCCUUCAAGACACUGAGCUUGUUUCAGUAGUGCAGAUUAAAAGCCUUAACACCGCAGCUCAUGGAGCUUUGAAGAUGAAAAAUAAUGUCCAGUAUUUCUGUAAGAAGUCCGUAUUAUGUUUAUAAAAUUGUUUUAUUCAAGAGUGUUUCCUAAUAUUAUUUUUCACCUUUUUUAAUCACAUUGAAUAAAUUUAUUUUUAUUUUA